AAUAAACUUUGGAAGAUUUCAAGUAUCUGCAAACAGAGGUCUUUACGAGUUGCGUCCUAAGGCUCUGAUUGGCCGAGUUAACAUUCCUGGUCCAAUCAUAAUAAUCAAAGUUGAACCAGACCCUGGCAAACCAGUCAGUAUACUGGUGAAGUAUGACAAGACUGCUACAUUUUCAGCAGGAGGAACUCUACCAGAUUUUGUUGUGACUGUCACUGCGGAGGACGGGAACACUAUGACAACGACACAGUCUAGACAUAUUCGUAUGAAGAUGUGGCAACCAGAUGGAUCGUCAGGAAUAUUGUCAAAACCACCCGAGAAAUGUCUUACCGUGCCACCAGAUGCAAAAAAAUCAACUGAUCAACAAGGGCAUUUUUAUUUCAGAGAAAAGAAAAUUCCAGUUCGAUCCGGUACUCACAAUGUCGUUUUCCAUUAUUCUGACAAUAAAGGAACAUUUUUGUGCACCAAUACUGUUGUUUUAUUGGUUACUCCAUCUUCUCCAAAUAAAUUGGUACCAGUUGGAAUACCAGGUACACCCACAGUAUCAAACACACAAAAGUCUUCAAGUCGAGUAUUGAUAAGAUCACUGAAAUUGCAACUGAAGGAUCAGUAUGGUAACGAUGCAGGUGAUGGCAUAACUGGGAAAGUAUCAGUCACUAUAAUUCCAACAACAUGUGAUGAAAUACCUAAACUGGUAGGAAAUGUCUCUUCCAUUGAAGUUGUGUUAAACAAUGGAGUAGCCCAGCUGUCAAAUUUGAUGAUUCAGGAGAACUCACCUGGUAAAGAUGGUCAGGAAUAUAUACUACGAUGUCAGGUCAUAGGUCAAGGACUAGAAGAUAUUGAACCUUACGAUCAAUCUUUCUUUUUUUACAAUGAUGCCAAGAAGCAGACACAGAUGUCUCAACUCACCAAACAGCGAGAUGAGUUGUUCCAGACGAUAAGGACCUACAAUGGGUUCUUUGAGACCACUCAGCAGCUGAUAAAAGAAAUGAAAAUCUCUGUACAUGAAGCACAGACUGGAGAACAGCAUUUAAGAAGUGAACUAAGGAGGCAAAACAUUCCUGCCACUCAGCUCAAUUCAAUCGCAAAUGUUGAUGGACUAGUUUCACAGAGAAUUAGAGAACGAGAUACCAUCUUGCAUCGUCCAAGGCGACAAUGUGGACUAGCAGCACCACCACGGGAUAGGGAUGUUAUUGGAAAGAUUGCUCACUUAGCUACGAUUGAAAAUGAUGACAUAGCGAGAGUAUUGUCUUGGCAUAUGGCCAGCGAUAUGGAUUGCGUUGUGACGAGAACUAACACUAAAGCUAUGGAGGUGUACAGAGUUUCAAACGGAAGACAACAAGUACUGCCACUGGAUUCAAUUUACAGAAAAAAUUUACCUGAUUGGAACAAGCCUCUUCCUCAUUUGAGAGGUAGACAGAAUAAUUUUCGUCCCAAAGGCAAUCCAGUUUUUGCAAGGAAUUUAUUAGUCUUCACCAAAGAUAAAGAGGAGUGUAAAGUUGUGUUUGGUAUGUUACUUGGGGAUACUAUAAUUCUUGAUAAUUUACAAGAUGCAAAUGACUACCGACAAGAGGUGACCAGGAUCUCUCACUGUCCAACGCUCCUCACCAGAGAGGGCGAUAGAAUCCGUAGCAAUGGUAAAUUUGGUGGUGUGCAGAAUAGAGCGUUACCGAUUGAUAAACUAAAGGGAGCCGUAUUUGGUGCACCAUUACCAAUUGAGUAUCAUGCAUUGUGUACUCAGAUAGACACUCUCCAGAAUUACAGGCAGUCCAUGAUAAAACGUUUGAAUGCAGACAAGGAAUUACAAGAGCAGCUCCAAAAUGAAAACACUCCAGAAAUGAAAUCAAAGAGACGAGAAUAUCAUGAAGCGGAAGAAAUGCUGAAAUCUGUUGAGAAACAUCUUGGUAUGUCUCCAACAUCAGGUUUUUCACCAAUUGGUUCACCAAGAGCCAGAGCAGUGACUCGUCUCCGCCAGGAUGCGCCAAUACCAUUGAGUAUGGAUGAGGAUGAACCAAUAUCCAAACGUGCUAGAUCAACCAGUAGUCGUACCAGCACACCCCCAGGAACUCCAGUUCCCAACGGAUUGACAUCUGACAGGAACACCCCUACGAGGACAACACGUCGCUCUGCUGCAUCACCAACACAGUCACCCACAACAUCAAAACGACUCCGACGGACGUAG